GAGCUGGGACUGUUCAUCUAGGAGCCUAAGUUCUCUGAUUCAACUGAAGAAGACUUGGCAGGACACAGUGAAGUUUCAGCCAUUUAGCAGCAAUGAAGAUACUUUCAGUCCUGACACUUUGCCUGGUGGUGCUCAUGGUUACAGCUUUCCCUUUUGAGAGGAAAGGGGCCUCACCAACCGGUGGUGCUGCCAAGGAGAAGCGUGUCCAUUAUGCUGCACGGGAUGAUGUUAAUAUUAUUGCCCAUGGUCUGCUGCAACUGGGCCAGAACCUAAAAGAGCACGUAGACAAAACCAAAGGCCAGAUGAGGGACAUUUUUACCAAGCUGAAAGCCUUUAACCGCACCAUGACUGAACUGGGGAAUGAGAGCCAGAGCCAACAGGAGGAGGGGGAGAACAUGAAGGCUAAAGCCAUGCAGAUGGAGGACAGAGAGAAGCAGCUGCUCAACGUCACGGCCGAGCUGAGAGAGAAGUUGGAGGAGAUGCAGAAGGAGAAGAAGACCAUGAAUGAGAGAAUGAGCCGGCUGGAAGAGAGGGUGGACAGCAUGCUGCAGGGACACAUGAGCACCGGUGCCAGGAACAGCAGUAAUGAACGCUACAUUCAACACAUGGUGGAGACACAGAACAGGCGCAUUGAUGAUCUGGUGGAGCGCAUCAGGCUCCAGCAAGAGAAGCUCGACAAGCAGAAUAUGCGCAUCAGGACGCUGCAGAGCCAGAUCCAGCUGUCCGGACAGAGGCCCUCACCGCGUAGCAGCAACAGCAGCAGCAGCACCGAGGGCCCCGUGCAGAGCGGCGCCGAGGACCAGCAGCGCGACACUCCGCUCGAAAUGGCCACAGACUGCCAUGAGCUCUACCUGAGAGGAGAGACCACCAGCGGGGUCUACAGCAUCCAGCCUUUUGACUCUGAGCCCUUUAAUGUCCUCUGUGAGAUGACAGCAGAUGGUGGAUGGACAGUCAUCCAGAGACGUCAAGAUGGCUCUGUGGACUUUGACCAGCUGUGGCAGGCUUACGAGAAAGGCUUUGGCAGCCUGAAUGGAGAGUUCUGGUUGGGCUUGGAAAACAUCCACGCCAUUGCCAAAGAUAGCAGCUACAUCCUCAACAUCAAAUUCUCAGACUGGGGGGAUGACUCAGCAUUUGUCCGCUUCCCAUUUGAACUUGGUGGAAGAGAAACCAACUACUCACUCCUGAUUCAGGAGGAUGUCACUGCUGAUACACUGGAGAGCUCCUUGACAACUGACUCAGCCCUCUCUCUGCCUUUUUCUACCCGGGAUCAAGACAAUGACCGGAAAGUUGAUAUCAACUGUGCCAAACACCUCUCUGGCGGUUGGUGGUUCAGCAACUGCGGUCGCUCCAACUUAAAUGGCAGAUACUUCCAGAGUCCUCCUCCCAAACAGCGGCACCAAAGGAAGCAAGGCAUCUUCUGGAAGACCUGGAGGGGACGCUACUACCCCCUGAAGUCAAGCAUAAUGAUGAUUGCUCCUGCUGCCAUCACCAAAUCCUAAAUACCUGAAAGAGACAAAGAGGGAGACAAAGAAAAGUUAGCAAAAAGAAGCAGAUUCUGGACAGUCCGUUCUUUUCUUGGGAUUUUCUCUUUGUAAGGGGAAACCUGACACCGGAGCCACAGCCCUGAAAACAGAAGGACAUACAAACUUAGAUUAAAAGAGUUUUCAGUGGUCUGUUGUGUGAAAAGACAGACAGAUUCCUUAUUGCCAUACAAAGUCAAAGCCGGUUACUCAGGCUAAAACCAAAUGUGCAGUGGAAAAACUUUCAAUAUGUUAUCCCGAUGAGGUUUCCUUCUGUAGACAUGAGCAAGUCUUGGCCUGUAGACUGAGCUGGGAGUCAUCAGGCAUUUUCCAACAAGCUCAGACGCCUUACUUGGGAUGAUGUGGCUUACUGCUGAGGUUUCGUAAUUAGCAAACAGGACUGUUAGCCUCAGAUCAGCUCCAGAGCUGCUCUGUUUUUGUGCAGGAUGCAUGCACAAGUGAAAUGCUGAGUCAGCAAACAUUUUAAAACCACAAGCUGUGGACCAAAACCAUCUCAAACGCAAACAGCAGAUUUCUGUAUGAUGAGAUUACUGGGUAAAUUGUCAUCAACUAGUUUCACGCUAUGUUAGCACAGAUAUUACUCACCGUUCCUGCCUUUUUUUACUACAUGCUUUAUGUUCUACAGUAAUACUGAAUCUAGUCUUCACUGAUUUUCCUGUGGAGGGUUUGAUAUUUAGUCAUAUUGACUGGUUCUUCAGUAAAUGGCAUUACAUCUGAGAAAUGACUGUAUUUUUUUUAUAAAAGUAUCGAUUUCUGAUCUUUUCCAGUUGACUUCAGAGUUUGAUUUUGUAGAUGUCUUUUUUUUCUUAUUUAAAAACUGUGUAUAUAUUAUCUGCUGCUUUCUGUCUGUAAUUUAUAUUAUUUUGGAGAUGGGUUUUAGAAGACAAAUGACAAUUUUGGCCACAUUGAGCCAAUAAAACUGAUUUUAAAAAUA